AUGCCCCUAAGCCACAAUGUUGACACAGUUCACACACAAUCACAGCAAAACUUUGAAGGAUGUGGUUUUUUGAGAGCUACAAGUAGGCAACAGAGGAACAGCGCUGGAAUUCAGAGCGAGCAAGGAAGAUCAGAUCCAGGAAAGAAUAGAUUUGGAAUGGAUGACACUACAAAUCAGACAUCGGGACUGUAUGGAGAUCCAAAGCCCUGGGAUGCCAGUACCUCCUACAACAUCACCCCUCCCAACAGCACCUUUGUUUUUGAGUUUUUCAUCUCUCCUCUGAUGGACAAGAUUAUGAACAUCCUCACCAUCACCAUGCUCUUCUUCAGCAUGAUAUCCUUGGGCUGCACCAUGGAGAUCCCCAAAAUCAGGGCCCACUUCUUGAGGCCGAAAGGGGUGGCCAUUGCUGUGGUGGCCCAGUACGGCUUCAUGCCCCUGUCUGCCUUCCUGCUGGGCAAAGUGUUCUGGCUCAGCCCCCUGGAGGCCCUUGCUGUGCUGAUAUGCGGCUGCUGUCCUGGGGGGAGCCUGUCCAACAUUUUUGCCCUGACCGUACAAGGUGACAUGAACCUGAGCAUUGUGAUGACUACCUGCUCCACCUUUCUGGCACUGGGCAUGAUGCCGCUGCUGCUCUAUCUGUACAGCCAGGGCAUCCCAAACAUAGAGAGGAUGGUGCCCUAUACCGGCAUCAUUCUGGCUCUGCUCAUGACCCUGGUGCCCUGUGCCAUCGGCAUCGCCAUCAACCACCGCGCACCGCGCUACUCUCCCAUCAUAAUCAAGGCCGGGAUGGGCGUUUUGCUGGUCUGCUACGCGCCGUUUCUCGUAAUGGCCGGCAUCAUAAUGGGAGACAUCUUGCUGAGGAUCCUGACCCCUCGGCUCCUGGCCACAGCGUCCCUGAUGCCACUGAGCGGCUUCCUGUUUGGGUACCUCCUAUCCAGCAUCUUCAGGAUCAACGGAAAAUGCAGGAGGACGAUCGGUGUGGAAACAGGCUGUCAGAAUACCCAAAUUUGCUUCACCAUUCUGAAAGUGGCGUUCCCCCUGAAGGUCAUCGGACCCCUGGUCCUGUUCCCACUCCUCUUCACCGUGUUCCAGACAGCAGAGGCCUUGGCUUUUGCGAUCGUCUUCCGCUGUUACACGAGGUUCAAAGCACCAGCCAAGGACAAAGAUGUAUAUCAGACUGUGGACCUGAAAGCAGAAGGAGAAGGCUCUGAAGCAGUUGCAAUAGAGACCUCACAGUAGCAAAGUCACUGAAUGUAAUGGAAGUGUCACAAACUCACAUGACCCCCGAUUCUUCUGCUAAUGUGAUGGGUCAUGCACUAAGCAUUUUAACUGCAAGCUUGGUUCUUGAUUCUGGUUCUAGUUCUUUUAUACUGCCAUGCUUUUAUUGAUUUUUACUUGUAACAUUUAAACAAGCAUGCAUUCUUUUUAAAAGACUACACACACACACAGAUGCGAUAUACAUAAUGAAUGAAUUAAUCAUUCAAUAAUAGGAUUUUAAUCCAUAAAUAUAGCCUGUAACAUUUUAUAAUCCUCACCAACAGGCCUCUCAUUUUUAUAUGGUAUAUGCGGCACCACAUAUUAAUAAAGCUUUAUAAAAACAAAAUGAUAA